CGUUUGACAACCAUACAGGUUGUAUCAUGUAAAGGUUUAGCAGGGAAACGUGACAGAUGAUCGGCAAAUGAUGCAUACUCUGCCUUGAUAAUUUAAUAUCGUCUAAAUACCUUUUCCACGAGGGAAAUCCUUUGUUUCUGUUUUGUGUGUGUGGAUUUUCAAAAUGGCAAUGGACAAAGAAUCCUUGUUUUCCCUGGAGUUGGUGGUUGAAAAACUCUACAUUCCUCAUGUAGCCUGCAGAUUCCCAUCUGUUGCAUUCAGACUCUUGGACUUUCCUACUAUUCUGGUUGAACAUGUUGAAAAAGAACUUGGAGAUAAAAUCAGACACAAAAUAUCCACAGACCCAUACUACAAUGUACCAGAGCAAUUCAGUGAGUUGAAAGACAAGCAUGGCAAUUUCAUGAUGAAAAAAGGUAAAUCAUGCCUGUUCAAAAUAUCGGUAUCAAGUCUAAAGACACACUUGACCAAUACUCCUCUGUAUGUUAUGGUCAUAGACAAUUUCCCAAAGGUGUCCAAAUUGCUUGGAAAUUGUACAGUUCCUUUGGAUGAAGUGAUGGAUUUAAUCAUCAGCGACGUCAAAACCCUUGGACCCACAGUACCUUCAGUACACGGAGACAAAGGGCUGUACAAAAUCUACAGUCUGAUGGGAAAAGAAAUCGGCUAUAUCAUUCUCGGAUAUCGUCUUCUGAGUUUGGGCCCAGGACUUAUACAACACAUACCAGAGUCUUCAAUUGCGAAGCGGAUGUCUGUGGAAGCUGAACAUGUCCACAAACAGAACCUUCCACAGCAGAAGAGUGUUAGUAGCCCUUCAAAGAGAGAUGGUGGUGGUUAUUCUAGGAGGGAUGACGAUGCUUUGAUGACUACACAGGAAAUGGGAUCAAUGACAGACCCAGAAAAACAUGAUGUCAUACUUCAGACUUUGAACAUGUGUGACAAAGAAAUCCAUGUUGCCAUUUCAGAGCCAGAGGUCAAAUCUAAGUCAACUGAGGACAAGGGGAUUUUGGUAAAAGAUCUUCAAACAAUAGCUACUCAAACAUUCAAAAGAUCUAAACCAACUCCUGACUCAGAAUUGAAUGGCCUUGAUGUUAAGAAUGCAGAUGAUGCCGAUGAUAUCAUCAUCACAAACAUUGCUCAACCUCCUCCUCUGUUUUAUAACAGUGAGAUUGAGCCGGCCAAAAAGACUCAGCGACUGUAUGCUUUAAAUGAUGAUGAAUCUAGUGAUGAACUGGUGUCUGAAGAAGAGUUUGAAUCACAGGUAAAUAAACAUGAAAUGGAGAAGAGAAAAAAGGAGGAAGAAGCAAAACGUCAAAGGCAAGAAUAUUUACGAAACCAACAAUCACAUGCUGCUAAAGUAACUUUUAUGAACCAUCAGCAACCACCUCCACCAAUUCCUAUUCAAGAAAACAGAAUUGGAGACCAGGCCUGGUUUCCACUGUUAACAGCUUUGAUGCAAGAAAUAUCAAACAUUCAGAAUCCACAGCUUAUUCAACAGACUGUGCACCAAGUCCAGUCUGUGUCAAGGACCCAACAGCAUCAACAACAACAGCAACGGCAGCAACAACAUGUACCCAGUGUACAGCAACAAAAGCAGCAGGCAACUCAGCAGCAAGUAGAAAAAGAAAAUCAAAACGCUGACCAGGAAGGUCCUGAUUCCAGACAGAGAGGAAGAAAAAGUCACAGAACAUGUGCUCACCCUCAUGAUGGCGUUCCUGGACAGAGAAGCUGGCUCCGACAAACACCACAACUUGGUGUGAAGAAAUCUAAGUUAACUUAUGGUCUGACAAAUACACAAAGGCUAAGGCUAGCAAGAGUCAAUCCUGAUUGGGCAAAAAAUGUAGACAAAGAAGAAAAUGAUGCCAAGACUCAAAAACAAAAAUUAAAGAAGAGUUUUAGAGAGGAUCAGGAGUUUGAGACAGGUUAUUUAUCUGAUACCUUGACAGAGGUCAGACGUUUGGCAGAAAAGAACCUUCAAGAUACUCUGGCUGAAGAUACAAUGUUGUACGGAACGAUGAACUCAACAUCAAAAUCGAACCGAAGGAGGAUUUCUCCACCAAGACGAAAACAAAAACAGUCUAGAAAUCAAAGCAAGUCCCCUAGGGGUUCAAAACAAGCCCUGGGAAAAUCAAAGUCUGCAGAACUAAAGGGGUCUAAAAAUGUUGAACCGAAAAGUGCAGAGGAGAAUCUUUCUGACCGAGACUCUCCUAGUCUUCCCAGUCAGAGAAGCAUCCAAGUCCGCAUUCCAAGUGCCCAGAUGUACGAAGAAAGUGAUGAUGAUGAAAGUUUCAGCGAUUUAGAGCUAAAGGCACAAGGUAAAAGUGGACGAUUCCCUGGCUUUCACGAUGAUAAUGAAAGUUUACCAGAUUCCAUUGGAGCGGAAGCCAUGGAUAAUAAAUUUGACAAUGAUUCAUUUGAAUUAAAGGAAGAUGACUUUGACCAACCUUUGGAAUCGACACGAAAUUCUAAACCAUCUCCACCAAAGGCAAAGAAAUGGCACAGUCGUAAAUCUUCCGAGGAUCCGAAUAACUUAUACAAUGAUGAUUCAUUUGAAUCGGAUAUCUCCCCUCGGCGAGAGAAAGCAGACAUGCCAGAAAAGUCCCGAACAUUUCAGUCCACAGAGGAUUAUAGUACUCACCAGUUUCAGUCAACGGAGGAACCAGAACUUCAACGACUUAUGAGUUCUGGAGAGCGGUCAGAAUUAUCUGAUGUAAUGAGCUCCGAAAAAUCUGCCAAAUCUCCAGUCCCUCUUACAGCCAGCAUGAACUCUGCAAGAUUCCAGGUGAUCAACCCAAAAGCGUCACUCCAGUCACCGAUCCCAGCGCUGCGCCGUUCACAGGUAAAACUGGACGGUUCUAUGGGUAGGCCUUCACCAACAGGCACUCCAAGGUCACAGACAAGCUCUCGGUUUCCGACUCCUAAACCUAGAAAGGCGAUUACGAGGGAGAAACGCACAGAGUUGAAACGUGAAUCUCUACACACCGAGUCUAUUAGCUCCUAUGUGCCAUCUGACGGAGACUUUAAUCCGUCGCUGGAAAGUGAUAACUAUUCAGAUGACUUUUCGUCUCUUAGUGGUCGCGAAGAACUUAAGAAGAUGAAAGACCUUCCAAGAAUAUUUCCUUCCGCAAAACUGGGAUACACUAUUCAUUAGUUUCCAUACAUAGUGCUUUAGAGUUUGUGAACGAUAGUUUAAUUUUUAGAUGAGAACUUUUUUUAUUUGGGUAAAACAUAGUGUACAUAUAUCUUUUUCAGAAAAAUCUAAUAAUUUGAAAGAAAUUUAUUUUCCAUUAAAUCCUUCAUAUUUUUAUGAAUUUGAAUUUGUUAGAUAAUGUGAACUGAAAUUCAGCUUCCAGUGAAUUGUCAUGCUUACAUUUUCUUGUUAAGGGUGUAUGUCAUGCAAUAUCAGAAGUGUGAUUUGUGUUUCUUUCUUAUUUUUCCUAAAUUGGGCAGAGAUAAUAAAGAAUUACCAAUUUUAUUGCAAAACAAUGUGUGCAUUAUUGCAUACCUUUCAAAUAUUUUUCAUUCCUGUGUACCUUUCAAAAUGUUUCAUCAAUUAUUGUGUGCAUUUCAAAUGGGUCAUUAAUUGUUGUGUACUUUUCAAAUAAGUUAUCAGGUGAAAGUUCAAUAAUAUUUAUGUGCCUUGUUCAUGUGUAACUCUUUUGAAAGGAGAGGAUUUAUGUCGCACUAAGGUACACGUAGCAUACACCCUUAACAGAAGGACACUUGUGAUAACUGUAGACAUGCUAUAUCUAAAAGAAAAAGUUCCCCACAUUUAGCAAUGACCAACCAUGCCCUACUGCACAGUGCUUUGACUCAGGGAGAUCGAAAUACAUGUUACAUAUUUAUAAAUUUAAAACAAUGGUUCCCUGAAAAAUUAUAUCCUUGUACAUUCAUCUAUAUUAUUUUUAGCAAUACAGUACAUGAAUUUAGAAGUGACUUUUAUUAGCAGUUAGUUACUAUGGAAUAGAUUGUAUAAAUUUAAUUUGAAAAAAGAAAUAUAGCUUGUGUAAAAAAAGGCAGAAUAUACAUUCCCUGAAUGUUAACUGGUAAAACAUAGUAAAAUUUUAUAUAGUAAUCAAAAUGUAUUUAUUAGCUAUUAUAGGUAUAUUUUUGAGAAGAAAAAAUAAAUAAAAAUUCAAAUUGACUUUUGACCGUAGAGUGAAUGUAAGCAUCCAGAACUGUUUUUUUACUACCAGUUAAACUACGAUACACAGCUAAAACAUAUGUAAUCAGUAUAACUCAUCAGAUAUUGAUGAAAAAAUAUUUUCAACAUUAUGAAAUAUACGUAUCUUUAUACGAUAAAAUUGUAUUACUUGCAUUCCAGCAACCACAAAAAGUACUACAUCCAUGGAUCUGUUCGUUUAUGCAUACCAACCAGUUUGCCUAUUUUAGAAAUGUAAUAUUUCCGGUGUAAAUGCAGUGUAGGCCUUGAACAGCAUCAAAUCAAUAGGUCCGCCCCUAUCUCAUAAACGAACAAAUCUGGUCCAACUGGUCCAGCUAUUUGGAAUGUGAUAAACAAAAAUGGCCAUACAUGGUUUGAUGAUAUGAUGAAUGGGGGUUAAUUACCACUUUAGCUUCUAGUUGAAUCCAUUUUUUUAGCAUUUUUUUUGUGGUGUUGUAGUCCUUAACACGGUAAACUACAGAAUAUAAAUUUUAGCUUGUUAUUAUGUAGUUAGUAUACCAGGGGCCUGCUCGUUCAUGCGGAACAACCGAUGCGUCCGUUUUUAAAUGUAACAUUUUUCGGGUAUAAAUCCUGGCGGCCCAACAUUUUCGGGUAUAAAUCCUGGCGGCCCUGCAAAAGUUUAUGCAGGCGCUGCAAGGCUUUGUCAAGGCUCGCCUGAAAGCAACAUCAUAUUACUGGGUCUGACCUUACUUCAUAAACGAAUAACAGUGGUCCAACCGGUUCAACCGUUUGGACUGUGAUAAACGAAAACGGCCCAGGUAAUCAUUUGUUGGUUCUACCAGAAGGGAGAUAACUAAACAAUGUAUUUUAUGAUAUUCUGAUGUUAGGAAAAGAAUUUGAAAUUUCUUUAUGAAA